AAGCCUAAGUUACAAUGAAAGCUUCUUGUUCCUUAUUCGGUUAUUCGUUAAUCGAAAUCGGUAAAGUUGGCUCGCGUUCAGAAGAUCUCAGUACAUCAAAAGAGGGGCACUAAGGCUUAUUGAAUAGCGUAGACGUCUCGAAUUUUUUCCUCUCAGCGCAUAGGAAUGGAUCACCUAUAUAUGUCAUGUAAGGUAGAAGACAAAAGGUGAUCAUGUUUAUAUCUCAAGGGUGACCCUUCGCUCUCGCGCUUCCGGCUAAAAGCUGAAAGGAUAUCUUUAUAUUAUUGCGACGAAACGGAAAAAAAGAUCGAUACUACUGUAUUGGCUUCUACUAAAAUGAACAAUUGCUUGAGAUAACACACUCGAAAAUGAAAACAUUAUUUACGUCCAAAGUCAAUAUUUCGAUUUUCAAUGGCCAAGAAUGGGCUUCAGUUUUCUUGCUAGUGAAGCGAAAUGACUCAACGAUUGUAAGAGCAAACCUUGAUUUUGGAACUGUGAUAACCACCGCCCAAAACAACUCUGCAAAGAGCUAUGCCGGAUUGUUGGCUGCAUCCAGCAAGUUAAGUGUUCACGUUUCUUUGUCACUUUGAGGAAAAUACUGAACUGUACUUGACUGAUAUGUACUCACUACACGACAUCACAAGUGUUUGUCCAAAAUUGGAGCCGCUGGCUUCUGAUGAACCUUGCUGUCGCGAAGAAGAAAGUUUAAGAUUGAUGAAUCAUGCUAAUGAACAGAUGGACACACUUGUACGCGUUUCUGCUGAAAACAAAAACAGUUUAAUGAUGGAAUCGAGCCAGUUGGAUGUGUAUGGAAAGACACCUUGUGUGGGAAUGAGUGGCUACGAGGGAAUGACGACCAACAACGCGAUCGCUUACGAAGUGAAAUCGAUGGCAACCGUCGUGAAAACUCUGCACGGUAAUGCCUACCAUGCGAAUGCUUCCGGUCAAAUGUCGUAUGCAACGGUCAAGAUUCCUUACGAAAUCAAAUCGAUUGGAACUAUCGAGAAACCGAUUCCUUUUGGAAGCAAGCCAAAUGGAAUAGAGAAAUCGCGGCCAGAUGAAGCUUACCAUUCAAACACUUGUGGGCAAGUAUCUAACGGGGCGAUAAAGAUUCCCUACGAAAUCAAAUCGAUUGGCACUAUCGAGAAGCCACUUCUGUCAGGGGAGUCGUAUCCCACGAGUGUCUCCGAGGAGUUGCCCCAUGGAAAGAUUUUGAACGUGUAUACGGUUCCAGUUUACGAAAACGGUGGUAGCCAUGAAGUUUACUAUUAUCCCAUGGAAAACGAUACUCAAGAAGGAGGAGCAAUUUCACAGACCUCCCAAGCUGGCACUCCUGUUAGUUAUGUUUAUGACAGUGGCUAUGACCCCUGCGAAAGAACCCAGAGCAAACCAGAAGCGACACCUUCGUCCGCAGGUCUGACCGCCUGCCAGUCGAGUGCUUACGGGACAAUACCACUCAAUCAAUUGGGUCCUGAUAGAUUGUCACAACCGUACGAUAUGCUUAGUCAAGAAAAGGCGCUAGGUCUCCAAAAGAAUACUUUCAGGGGUACCCACAGGGCCUUGACAUCGUAUGAGAUCGGAGCUCAGCCAAGACCCAGUUGUAAUUGUUCUUGCCAUCAUUCUGAUCCAGGUUCCUCUCAUUUUCCCGCCUUUGGUUUGAGAAAUGAACGUCCUUCUGUUAUUAUGGUUCCUGCAACCUGGAAUGGUGAUGUCAUGGACGAUGCUGCUGGCAAGUUUGAAUCCGCCUCCCAUGGGAUCCGACAAGAUCUGCAGCAUAAAGAAUAUCACGAAUUGGAGGAUUCUGACUCAUCCGAUGAUGGUGAUGAAGAUGGUAAGCAUGAAAAGUAUUUCCGCAAGAACAUCGACGGAACUACGGCGAGAUUUAAGCUGUCCAAAGAAGACUGGAAGAGGAUUCCAAUCAACACAUUCCCCAGCGGUGGCAGAUUGUUGAGUGGCGACUGGACACGGAUCUUCCUCAGCAAAGUCAAAGAAAGCAACCCAUGGUGUAGCUUGCGCUUUAAGAAUAAUCACGUGAGAUCAGAAAACUCUCGCAAAAUCCACUCAGCGGUAUUCUUCAGAGGAGGCGCGGAAUGUAAGCGACCAGAAUGCAACGUGAAGGUGCGAUUCGUCAUCCGGAAAGAAAGAGGAAAACACGUGGAGGUGACGUAUGUUGGAAACGUUUGUCACAACAGUCAGCCAGGCGGUGGUGACGUCAUAACUGACAAGAGAAAGAAGCGUUGUGUUCGCCGGCCAAGGUUUACGUCCAGUUUGGAUGAGUGAACUUUACUUUCAAAACGAAACAAUAACCAUUAAAAAGUGAGUAAUACUAUCAUUGCUUAAGAGGCGGAUAUGCUGCAUCCGCAGGCAUUUAAAACAUUGCAGUAAUUGUUAUCUAGAAGUUUGCGAUGGGAUAUAAGUCGCUCUGAUAAAUUUUAGAGAGCUGAUGUUUCAAAGAAGAGCCGAUACUUCGAAGAACAUUUAAUGAUCGAAGCGUUAUAUCUACCUUUAUCGUCUCCUAAUCUACAAGAAAAUAAGCGCUGGCCGAACUGUUGUUUAAAAUGUCUUCCCAUCCAGCACUAGUCCGUCUAAAAUUAAAAUAUAAAAGGAAAAAAAGGAAAUCCUUAGUAAUGAAACUUUUUAAAGAACGCUAGUUUUAAAAGGCGCUAUUGUGUACUAGGAAAAACUAAACAAAGUAUCUACAAUCAAAGAAACUUUAUUUAUUUCCAAAAUUUAAUAUUUUUCUAAACAAACUUUUUACAUUUAGAUUAUUUUGUCGACCGUACGUUUAAUUGAUUGAUAUCAGAUGUCCGUAGUUUCAUAGAUAUGACAGAUAUAUUUUAUACCUUCGGCCGUUAGAAUAGUUUUACAACUGAAUCUGGCUAUUUUAGGGUAACGUCUGUAUGAAUUUCCAGCAAAGUUUUAGAGGUCAAGCUAGUUUGUAAUAGCUGCGUAGAGAAUAAUUGUAAAUCAUUAAAUUCAUAUUUCAUACAGGUUUGAAAGAGUGAAUCAUAAGCAAAAAAAACAUUUUAUGCCAACCAGGAGCAAUGCCAGUCUACAGACCUACAAAAAGUCGAAAAGCUGGCUAAGCCCCUUACCAACGUUAGCCAAGUUUAGAUUACGUCGAACUACAGAAAGUAUCACUUAUGUGGCAUCACUAAAUUAGAUUGGAUUGUCGAUGUACUGAUUGGUGAAUGCCAGUAGCUUGUGACGAAUUUGUUUAAAUGGUGAAGUGAUGUCCUUCAUCUCUAGCCAUGUCUAAGUUAUUACAAACGUUUUAUUCUUUAUCAGCAGUGUUUUUCCAACUGUUGAGUUACUUAGAUGCACGCAAAUACAUUUAGCUUAUUUGGCUUGAGUUUAAUUUUACCAAUUUGCCUUUAAUGAACCUCGGGUAGCAUCGUUGUUAAAGUAGUUUUAAACUUCUAGGAGUACUUAAUUCGACAUUUGUAUGGCCACGUGCACGUAAAUGCGUUUAAGGUGAGAAAUUAGUCUGAAUUCUGUUAGGUUAGAAAAAUGGGCUUUUGACGACUAACCUUAAUUAUUUUUAACCUUAAUGAUUUUUAUUCGAAAAUGUGUGUAUUGGUUCCCUUACAUUUGUAACAAACAAAUUAAAAGAUAACAUGAUGUUCGCAGCACUGUUUGCACUAGCUGUUUGCACUGAUCGCACCAAGUUAAGUAUAGGAUAAAAUAAGUAUGAUUUUACAUGUGCUGAGUAGGAUGUUGUGUUCACAGGUUUAUAUAACUCCGUCAAAGAGUUAUAAUUAGAUAACGUCGUUGGUGAUUAGGUUGUUAAACCCUUCUUUUGAAUAUCGUUUAUCCAUUUAUAUUGCAAUAUACACGCAAAUGCAUUUAAUUGUAAUGAUUUUUAUUCGAAAAUGUGUUUAUUGGUUCCCUUACAUUUGUAACAAACAAAUUAAAAGAUAACAUGAUGUUCGCAGCACUGUUUGCACUAGCUGUUUGCACUGAUCGCACCAAGUUAAGUAUAGGAUAAAAUAAGUAUGAUUUUACAUGUGCUGAGUAGGAUGUUGUGUUCACAGGUUUAUAUAACUCCGUCAAAGAGUUACUUGCACGUGGUAGUGAUGAAAUUUCAAGGCUGAGAUACAAUAACACUGACAGGCUAAAAUACAUUGGAGGAAGUACUCCGUAGCUAAGAGAAAAAAAAAUGCACUGAGUUUCACUUACGUGCAAGCUUGACUUAGAAAAAUAUAUUUUCGUGCCCUUUUGCUUGCCUUCCAUGUCAUCACAUAGACCAGGACUGAGUUGAUUGCAAUAAAAUUGUACCUUCCGUGAA